AUGACAGAUAUUAUGAAAGGUUUAGGUCAAAGUAGUGAAAGAAUUCCGACUCCACCAAUUGUUUCAGUUACCCCCCUUACUCCCCCUACGUCAACAUCAACAGUUUGUAAUGGAAACGUCAGUUCUUCACCAUCACCUCCACCCUCCACAUCUGCUGAGGUUACUACGGCAACAAUAACCACAACAACCAGUACAACGUCAACUAGUAUAGCAACUACCGCUACUACAGUUGUACGUCCUCCUUCUCAACCUGUUGCUACGCCGACUGCCGCCACACACAGACGUCUGUCACCAACUCCCCCUCCUCGACACGUUCGCCCUGAACCCCCAUUACCCCCAUUACCCCCGAAACCAAAACCACAGAUACCGACUCAUCCUUCACCAAUACCGAUCAGAGAACCAGUGAAAGUUACUCCCCCUUCUCUACAGAAGCCAAUCAGAAGAGAGGAAACGAGAGAUCCACGAGAUCCUCAGAUACUGUCUCAUAGCAACAGUUAUCCAUUUGCCAAACCUUGGCCAAGCCCAUCACCGUAUCCAAGUCAACCAUCACCCCAUCUUUCACAUACCCAAUCUCCUAGUCUCCAUCUUCCCCACUCUCAAUCCCCUAGUCUCCACCUCUCUCACAAUCAAUCCCCUAGUCUUCAUUCCCCCUUACAUUCCCUACACCCACAUCACACUUCCCCGUCAUUCCCUCCUCAUAUUUCCCCCCAUCCCUUACAUCAUCACUCUACCCCUCAUAGCAUGUUCGCUCCUCCCACAAUUCAUCACCCAACUCCACCACAGAUAACAUCGUCAUCCCUACCUGCAGCGCCCUCUGUACCAGGUGGAAGUCCGUUCUCACACGAAACUCUCAGAAAUUCUGAUUUCCUACAUCAAGAUUUGAACAACCGUUUGUUGGCACAUAAUCGUGAAACAGCCAGUUCAAAUCCCCUGGCGCCACCCUCGUACAUACGCAGCGAACCAACGUCACACCAGCAUCAACAUUUACAUCACCAUCAACACCAGCACCAACAUCAACAUAUGCAUCAACACGCAUACGGAGCCCUCGGGACUCACCCCGCUUCUCUUGUACCAACCCCUCCCCCUCAUUUGUUUGAUAAAAUACCUAAAGUGUAUGAUAAUCCCCUGUAUAGACCUGGUGGGUUGCCUGGUCUAGCAAGUUACCCAGCAUUCUCGUCACUUCUCCCACCAGGCCCUACAAGCUCGUUGUCUUCAGGUCUCUAUGGUGCAUUUCAACCAAAGGCGUGGAAAACCCCAAUACAAAAACCAGCAGGGGAUAGGACAUUAAUACCAGGUCAGGUGAUGUUACCGUUAAGUUCCAGAGAUAAACCUUCUCCUGGAGCCAGCGUCAGUCAACCAAAGAAACCAGGAAAAUGGUGUGCAGCUCACGUCCGAGUAGCUUGGGAAAUUUACCAUCAUCAACAAAAAACACCGCAGGAAUUAUUCAAGGGGAGUGAACUGCGUGUGGGUGACCCAUUACGACCCCCAAGUCAUCUAUUACCGGGUGGUACUUUACACAGACCCCCAGACCUAGCUGUCAAUCCUGCUACCUUACUCGCAUCUGCGUCUCAAGGUAGAAGUAUAUUGGACAGUAUUCCCCACAGUUCAGCUAGCAGUAGUUUUCUUAAUCCCAAUCAUAUAGGUGUUACACCGUAUCAAAGACCAGCGCCCUAUCCUAAUAUGAAUUCCAUGUUUGGCGGUUUAGGUAAAGUGAACAGUUUAUUUAUGAAUGGUCGUGAACCCCAUGGGGCCCCCUCCCCUCAUGAUUACAUGAACAGGUUACAUAGGGCACCCCCUUCCUUCCCGUCCUGGCCUAAACCAGACAUGGAACGAGAAAUGGAAAGAGAACGUGAGCGAGAACGGGAAAGGGAGAGAGAAAGAGAGAGAGAAAAAGAGCGGGAACUUAUGGACAGACGGAAAGAAGAAGAAAGAGAAAGGGAACGAAGACAUUCUGAACAACGAGAAAGACUAAAUAGUAGUGAAUAUGAUCGAUCUCGUGAUAGGAUGAAAGAACUUGAAAAUCAUCAAAGUGUCUCUAGAUCACGAUCUCGUUCCCCAAUCAGAAACGGACGAAUUGAUUCGUUAAAAACAGACACUAAUGGUGACCGUCGCUAUGACGAACCGGGUAGUAUAAACAAUGUGUUAAAAAUAAAGGAGGAAAGGAGGGAAGAGGAUUUAGCAGUGUUUGCCGAACGUGCAGAGCGUGAAAAAAAUUUAGCGUUAUCACGAAACAGUUUAUUGGGACUGGGUGGUUUACCGCCAGUGAAUCCCCUCGGAGCUCAAUUAGCUCCUCAUCUCAGUUUAAAUAUGUUGGAUCGAGCCCGGGUACUUGCUCCAAAUCCUUAUUUUAAUUCCGAACGCCCGUCUGCUCAUCCUUCCAUGUGGAAUCCUUUUGAAAAAAGUAUGGACAUCAGUUUAAAUCAUCGUAUUCAGCUGGAAAGAGAGCGAGAAAGGAUGAUGGGAGGUCUGCCACGUCCAAUGUCGUUACUCGAACAAGAUCAACUCAAAGAACAAUUAUUAAUGCGCGAUCAUGAACGUGAAAUGGAAAUUCGACGUUAUUACGAACGAUUACCUCCCUUUGAAAGAGAAAGACUGAGUUUUGAGCAGCAACGUUUCCCGUCAAUGAGAACCCCCGAUAUGCAGCUAUUUAAUUUUCCAAGGAAUUCAAGUCCAAUGGUUAAUCAUGUAGGCAGCAAGAGUAAUUCCCCCGCUUGUUUAUCUGGACCGCCUCCUCUUAUCUCAUCGGCAAGUGCUACACAUUCGCGAAGUCACGAUAAUUCACCCUCAAGUGCAAAAUCAAAAGGUUGUAGUCCCGCAGACAGUACUAGCGAAUCAAAAGACAAGAUAAGGGAAAGUAACUCCACGGAUCCCGAGGCUCACUCAAGGUAG